AUGGAGCAGGGAGAGAGGAACGCGUACCUGAGGUUCUUGGUGGCGAGCGAGACGGCGAGGCUGGCGGAGUGCAGGGUCAGGCCGGGGUAUCCACCGAAGAGGCUGCCCUUUCAGGAGACGGACCCCCGUGGAAAAUCCCCCAAAGCCCCGCCCUCCCCCCGCAAGCGCCCGAAGCUCCGCCGCUCGGAAACGAAAUUCCAAGACGGGACCGGAGACCUCCCCGUCGAAGACCUGCGCCACCGCCACGCCCUCCGCGGCCUCGUCGACGACCUCGAGCGAGCCCACCCCGACCCGCCCGUUGGCGUCUGGAGGCCCUGCCGCGGGGAGCCCGACCCCGGGAGGUCCCCCGUCGACCACCGCCUCUACGGCGCCUGGUACUCUCUCGGCCCUAUUCGAAGUGCUGCGAGACUGCAAGGUGCCAUGGAGGCUUCCCCAGCACCAACAAACAGUAAGUUAGCUUGGGGAGACCACUUGAGCAGGAAGAAUGAAAAAGAGAAGAAGCAGGUAUCAUCAUGCAGCAAGAAAACUCCCUACGGCGCCCUCUCCGAGAAACUGAGGGACAGGGCCAAGAUUCCCACGAAACGCUCUUUGAAGCGAGUGGCCCGACCGAAUUCCACCGUCUCUUCCGAUCGUACUUCGACCGCCCCGUCGAGCGCCGCGUCGGCAACAGGGCCGAGUCUGGUGGUUUCACAUGAGGUUUCUCGAGCCAGUGAGUCAUUGGCAGGACAGUUGCUGAGCAUCAUCACAUCAGAUAUGCAAAACAGGAACUCGGACUGCCCUUCGACGCCGCCUGACAAGUCCCACCCUCGGCACAACGAUCUCAGUGAUGAGAAAGAAAAUUCCAAACUUCUUCUCUCUCCCGUGAAGGGGAUGAAGCUUCGGCUGAAGCAGAUGACUCUUUCACCUUGUAAAAAGAGCUCAGUGGACAACCUUGUCAGCCAAGUGCCAAUGAGAAGAAACCUCAAAGAAUGGUUUACCCACUUGGAUGGUGAUUGCAAGCCAGACAGUCCUGAAACUGGAACUCAAGAAGAAGAACCCUCAUUUUUCAGUGAUAACCCUGAAGAGGCAGAGGAAAUUCCCCAAGAUUCUGAAUUUCAGUCAGAAGCUGCUGAUAUGGAAGGAAGCAGUUCCACAGACCUAGAUUCAGAAUGGGAAUCUUCAGGCACUGAAUCUGAGGAUUUGCAUGAUUUUGCAGACAGGGAUGAUGACUCAGCCCUGUCUGACUACAAUACCCAGGAAUCAGACGUUGAAGGUGAAUUAGGAGAGAAAGGCUUUGGUGAACGGCUUGAUGUACUAAGUGGUGAUUCAGGGAUCCCUUCCUCAAAGAGACCUCUAGAAGAUUCCCAGAUGGCUGACAGUGGAGUGGCAGAAAAAAUUCAGCCCCCGGCUAAGAGGGCAAAGAGCAGUCGUAACCCAAAUGAAAACUAUAUUUCCUUGAACAUGAAACAAAAGAAGUUUUCACGAGGAAAGAAGAAAGUGAAUGUGAGGAAUAUGAAGUACAAACAAUGGAAACAGCGAGUGAAGCAGCAAAACACAGAGAGCGGAACCACAUCAGCCUCAGAAGCCACAGCAGAGAACGACCCGAAGGAGCCCAAGACCAAGCUGAGUGCCUUGGAAGAACGCAUGAAAAAUUCCACUUGUUUCUCAUGUUCCAAAAAGGGCCAUUGGGCCUCAAAUUGUCCUAACAAGGGAAACAGUGACUUUGGCCAGGUGAAUGACUCUGGAAAACAAACUGACCCUAAAGGAGCCUGGAAUCAACGUGUUCAUCAUUUGAGGAGACACUACUACUAUAAACGCCAUGCUCAAGAUGCAGACAAGAAGGUGGUAUGCUACUGGGGAUCGUGGUCCAUCUAUCGUGAAGGAAAUGCACACUUUGGACUGACUGAGCUGAGGGAAGAGCUCUGCACCCAUGUCAUUUAUGCAUUCCUCGGCAUUGAUCAGGAAACCCUCCUCCUCACACAUCUUGAUCCCAAUGUAGAUUUGAACCCAUGUGAAAGUGUAAAUGGGAAAGAUACGAUACGCAGUCUGAUGGCCCUAAGGGAGAACCACCCUGAGGUAAAGAUGAUGCUUGGAAUUGGUGGUUGGAAUGAGGGUUCCUCCAAAUGGUCUGAUAUGGUUGCAACACCUACCACACGCAGCAAGUUCAUCUAUAGUGUGCUCCGUGCCCUAGCCACAUUUGAUGCUGAUGGAGUGGAUUUGGACUGGGAAUAUCCUGGGCUGAGAGGGGGGAGGCCUUCAGACAAGUUAAACUACGUCACCCUGGUUGGAGAGCUGAGGAAUGCAUUGAAUAAAUAUGGGGAAUCCUUUCCCACUGGAAGGGAUCCUCCUGUCCUCUCUAUAUCGGUUCCAGGGACAGAGGAGCUCCUCGCAAACUUCGAGCUUGCUCAAAUGCAUGGAAAUGUGGAUUUCAUGAACGUGAUGGCCUAUGACUAUUACAUGUGCACUCCUGAUAGCAAUUGCUAUGUGGGACCCCAGAGUGCCCUUAAACCAUCAGACGACAUGAACCCAAAUUACAAUGUGGAAUCUACUAUUGGGUUCAUCAGGGGUAAAAAUGUGCCAGCUGAGAAGCUGGUUUUGGGGAUUCCUCUCUCUGCUCGCACAUAUGUGUCAAGUACCUUCCCUCCAGACCCCGAGGAAUGGUUCUUCCCUGCCGAUGCACCAGGCCCAGCUGGACCAUACUGUCAAGAGGAAGGCAUUCUCUGCUACAUCGAAUGUCCGCCUUCAAAAAGAUCCACAUUUGAAGCUAUCCGAUCUGUCUUCCAGCCUGUGGCAUAG